AUGACCUCUGAUAAGAUGGAAGUAGACAGCGUGCCCGCCAUGGUGCAAAAAGAUGAAGGUCAGACGGUUGUGAGUCGCAUAUUUGAUCUACUAAAAGAUGUCUCCAAGACUACAACGACAUUAGACACUCGAUUUGUGUGGAAGGCCACAAGAAAGCUGAGUGUUCUCAGACCUAAUUUAGACAAAGAGUCACUAUCAAUUGUGGUCAACCUAUUGUAUCCAGACGAAUCCAACUUCAAAAUUCCACUAUUGAAAUACAUCAAUCAGAACCAAAAGAGCAAGGUAGAAAAUGCCGAGGAAGAGCGUCAGAAAUACCCCGCCGCGUUCUACCAGCUUGUCAAUGGCAACAAAAGUGUGGAUGUUUCUGCAGAAUUGAACAGUUUUGUACACCUCUUGGUGCAAUUGUACUUGCUUGACUCACAGCAAUUGGAAGCCCUCGAUUCUUUCAAUGGAAAGGUUGUCCAUCCUAAGAUUCUACAGUUUUACGAUGAAAGAACGCUAGACCUCGUAAACUCUAAAUUGUGGUUUUACAUCUGCAGGGGCCGGGAAAUCGUUGGCAACAGCUUCGACACUUCUGUUAGAGGCGAAAUGGUCAAAUUUCUGAGGACAGCAACUCUAAAACAUGACAACGAGACUCGUGCCACGCUCAUCACUUUCAUUCUAAGAAGCUUUUUGCAGACCGGUGAAGUAGACACAGCGGCAGACUUUAUUAGUAAAGUCGAAUUUCCUGGGUCCAACGACGUGUCUAGUCCGCUAGAGGCACGCUACUACUACUACCUAUCCAAGCUGAACGCAAUUCAACUAGAUUACUCCACGGCAAAUGAUUAUGUGAUUGCUGCGAUUCGCAAAGCCCCAAGCACUAAGAAGAGUCUUGGAUUUUUACAACAAGCUAACAAGUUACACUGUGUCAUCGAACUUCUGAUGGGCGAUAUCCCUGAGCUGUCUUUCUUCAAACAAAAAAACAUGGAGAGGUCUCUGCUUCCUUAUUAUCACUUGUCGAAGGCUGUCAAACUUGGUGACCUGAACAAAUUCACAUCUGCCAUAUCUGCCUACAAGAGAGAGCUUCUCAACGAUGGGAACUACCAGCUUUGCGUGCGUUUGAGAUCGAGUGUCAUCAAGACUGGUAUAAGGAUAAUAUCUCUCACCUACAAAAAGAUUUCUCUCAAAGAUAUAUGCCUGAAGCUGCGUCUGGAUUCGGAACAAACUGUAGAAUACAUGGUGUCUAGAGCCAUAAGAGAUGGUGUGAUAGAGGCUAAAAUUAAUCAUGAGCAUGGCUUCAUUGAAAGCAGCGAGCUGUUAAAUGUAUAUGCUACGGAGCAACCACAACAAUUGUUUGACGAAAGAAUAAAGUUUGUCAAUGAACUACACGAUGAAUGCGUCAAGGCCAUGAGAUAUCCUGAUAAUGGUAAUGGCGAUAACAAGCACAAAUCUGCAAGCUAUGAUCAGGCAGAGGAAUUGAUUGACCUCGCUGAUCUGGAUGAGGACGACUUGGGUGAUUUGGGUGACUUUUACUGA